AUGGCUAGCGCGUCUAUGAAUCACUACGAAAAACAGCUGUACAGUGUGUUUAAAACCUUCGACGUAGAUAACGAGGAAGCCUUAGACAGGUCAGCAGUACUUCAGCUUUGUGACACGUUGCAGCUAGAAGACCGCGGAGCAGCGCUCGUCGACACGCUUUUCGAGCGCCAGUCAGACCGUGUCACCUUCGCACAGUUCCGAAACGGACUUCUGUCUGUGCUUGGUAGCGAUUCGGUACCGCGGCCAGGACUGUCGACUAGUGCAGAGUGUGGCAGUGUCCCACUGUGUAAAACUACUUCACCACACCACAGUGACGACGAUUCUUCUGGAAGAGAAGUAGCGCCUAAGUUCGUGUUUGGUUCAAAGAAAUACGGGCGACGAUCGCGUCCUCAGCGCGUAGCUUCAGAAGACUCACCACGGCAUCGGGUUGCUUCGGAGUCGCGUCUCGACAGUGCCCGCGCCAGGCAACGCAUGAGGUGUAAACGAAGCGCCUCCGCAAUGGAGAGUCGUGACGACUCUACUGUCGAUAGUUAUACUGCAGACCUCGACCACGACCGGCGAGUAGAUCGUGACCGUGCACUCGCGCUCUGUCGUAGUUUCGGUAUGCGUGAUAUCGACCACUGUUUAGUGAACCGCAUAUUUGAAACAUCUUCCACUGAGGAGAUUACAGUGGGUGAAUUUUUCGAUCUGCUUAAUUCCUCACUUACGACUUCUAUCGCUGCUUCACUCGACGGAGUGUCGGUGGAUGAUAGUUCCAAGUUUAAGAUUGAUGUAGUUUCCAGUGAUGCAGUCGUGGACGCAUGGGAAAGAGCAGGCGUCGAAAGACCUAGACGCUUACUAAUAGAAUUAGGUUUUACGGCUGCCGGUCUUCGACCACACGAACUGGAGCGUGCACUUGAUGAUGAACUAAGAGCACUUACAACACCCGCGGAUAAUUCACCGGAUGCUCGCGCUCUCCUACUCCUGGCGUCCCACGCACUGGCUCGUUUGCGAUUGGAUACUGCGUGGCGGAUGUUGGAUGUCGCCCGAGCCGAGCGUGACAAACUUCGCGAUGAUCUCGCUGAAGCUAAUCGGCGAGCGAGGAUGCUCGCUCAGGAUGUCGAUGAGAACCACGCUCGCAUUGAAGCAGAACUGAAGUCGAGCCUUCGCCAAGUUGAAGUGCGGCACGCUGAAGCGGCUCGAGCUGCGGCUGCGGAGGCCGCUGCGGAGAGAGAGCGCGCGGCGGUCGCCCGCUUGGCGCUAGAGGAGGAGGCCGCACGCCGCGCGGAAUCUGAGGCACGACUACGCACCGAAACUUCGUCGCUUCAAGAACGUAUCGAUGAUCUCCAGGAACGUGUACGCGCCGUGGAGGCUCGGGCGCAACAGGCGGAGCGCGAGCAGGCCCGGCUGCAAGAGGAGGCGCGGGCGGCGGAGGAGCGCGGGGCGCAGCUGGCGCGGAGCGAGCGCGUGGCGAUGGCGGAGCUGGACGCGCGGUUGUUGGAGCUACGCGCGGACAACCAGCGCCUGCGCGACCGCAACGACGAGCUGUGCGCGGCGCUGGAGGCCAGCGCGCGUGCCGCCGCUGCCCGCGCCCACGCCGCGCCGUCCUGGCGUGAGGAGGUCGCCAUGCAAGCCUUGCCACUUGACUCGCACUUAGCUAAUAAACUCGAGGUUUCUGAUCUAUCAUUGUCACCAAAUGAAAAGAAACCACUAGAUCCCAACGAGGUUAUACAGAGGUUACGGCAAGUGUUAGAUACUAUUGGAAGGUUACCAUCACAAAUAAGAGAUGGGUGCCCAAUGUGUAAUAGUGUGGAAGAAACUAUCAGCAAUUUGCAAAAAGUGGUGCGAGAAUUGGGUGAAGAGAUCAUAGUACCAGAGUCACAGUCCCGAGGUGUGACGAGAGCGGAUGUAGGCCUGCAGACUGACUCAGAUAUAAAUACUGAAAGUGUGGACGCACUGAAGAAAGAGCUUAGUGACAUCAAGCAACAACAUGAGAUUGAUAAACAGAAUUUGACGUCUGUGAUAAAAGAGCUAGAGUUGAGCUUGGAGCAAAUGAAGUUGGAGUACGACAAGUGCGAGGAGUAUUGGACGUGCAAGCUGGAGGACGAGCGCGAGCUGUUCGCGGACGAGCAGCGCGCCGGCGACGAACGCCUCGCUGACCUCGUCGCCAAGAUCGCCGACUACGAGCGCCAGUUCGCGCCCGACGCCGCGCAUCCCCCGCACCCCCCACACCACCCGCACCACCCCGCGCACCACCCCCUGCCCACCAUCGACGAGACGCACAGCCUCGAGCUGCAGUUCAGCGACUUGGAGGACGAGUUCGCUAAGUAUAAGACUGAGAAAGAAGCUGAAAUUGCAAAUAAGGCAAAGGAAAUAGAUCAACUGAAGGGCAAGGUGGAGGAGCUGGAGCGGCGCCAGGGCGAUGUCGCGCCGCACGCGCCCUGCGCGUGCGGCGGCGCGGGGGGCGCGGGUCCGGCGGGCGCAGCGCGCUGGCGCGAGGCGGGCGCGCUGCGGGCGCGCGCGGCGCGGGCCGAGCGCGCGGCGCAGCGCCUGCACGCGCGCCUCGCUGCCGCCGACCUGCUCGUGAAGGACCUGUACAUAGAGAACUGCCGCCUGGCGCACCUGCCGCGCCUGCCGCGCCUGCCC